AUGGUAGCUGUGGUGCCGUCGCUGGGUCCGCGAGCCGCCGAUGUGGUCUGGCGGUACGACCCGCCAGAGUACCUCUUUAACUCCUUCCAGCGCGCGUCUGUGCUGCUCUGUGUCGCGUUGCUCCACGCGCUCUCGGUCUUUUACUUGCUGGCGAUGCUCAUUGUCUACUGGGUGCUCCCGCCCAGUGAGAUGCGUAUCUUCAACAUCUACAGCCGGCAGCUCUCGUUCGGCGUCUCCAUGGCACUCGGGCUCCUGCACUUGCACGGGAUCGGGCUCGUGCUGGUGCCACACGAACACCGACACGAACGCCGACACGAACGCAGCGGCUGCUGUAUUUGGCACCACCGGUGGUACCGCCUCGCCUUUGGUCGCUACGGGCCGUUUGGGCUCUACGGACCGCUCUACAGCGUGCGCCUUGCGUGCAAGCUCGUGCUACAGCUGCCAAUGCAGAUCUACCGCGCGUACCAAAUGUCACGUCUUCUGACGACACCAACGUUAGCCUUUGCUUGCACGUUCGUGCUUGGGCUUCGCUGCAGCAUCCUCCCCGCGCUACUGCGUCUCCCAUCAGCACACGCGCGGCGCUGGACACCGGCGGUAUUCGAGGCCAUGAUUGAUUUCACCUUGAGCACGGGCAUUCCGCUCUGCCUCAUCUACCCUGCGCUCCACGACUACUACUUGGCCGGCAACAAGGACAUGGCGCAAAACCAUAUCUGGCUCAACCGCAGCAUCUUGCUUGGGCGCUUCGUCGCCAUGACGUCGCUCGUGGAUGUCUUUGCGUCGAGCUUCUUUUUCGUGACGAGUUAUUUUUCCCUCGUCGCGCUGAACCACGGCAUUCGCGUUUCAAAAGGACACUAUGUGCAGCAUCGCAAGAGCCUCGAGCACGGCCUUCAAAUCUCCGCGCGCAUCGAGACGCGCACCUGGCUCGUCCAGCGCAGCAACAAGGUGUUUUGGCUCGUCGCGCUCUUAGCGAGCGCCGUUCUCAUUGGCGUCGCCAGCACGAGCCUCUACCGCGCGCCCUGCCCCAGCGGGUGCAAGCUGCAGACGUACCCGUGGUUCGCACUCGAGUGCACGUGCAUUAUGUUUACGCUCAACUGCAAGCAGCACGACGUGGGCGACGUCGAUGCAUUCGUCGCAGCGAACCUCAAGCACGUAUUUGAUUUGAGCAUUCUGCAGUGCCAUUUACCCCACGGCCUUGCCGCCACCACGAUGCGGAGCUUGGAAAAUGUCUAUGCCCUCGCGCUCGAUGCGACUGCGACGGUCUUGUGGGACGUGCCGAUCGACGCGAUGCCCCCGUCGCUCUUUGCCGUCUACCUCUACAACAUGGCCAUGCCGUCGCUGCCCACCGCGAUUGCAGAUGCGUGGCCGAAUUUACAGUAUCUGUUUCUUCGCAACUUGGGUUUUGGUCAAAACAAGUCGGUCGGGCACUGGCCGCAGCUCAGCCAGCUCUUCCUCGUCGGCCUCAACCUCACGGACGCGCCAUUGGAGGCGUUGGCGCCGACUUUGACCGAAGUCGUGCUGGACAACAAUGCACUGCGUGAGCUGCCGCUCGCAUUGUUCUCGCUCCCGCAGCUCACGCUCCUCAGUCUGAUCAACAAUUCGAUCUCGGAGCUGCCGUUCACGGCACUGCCACCGACGCUUCGCCAUGUCUACUUGGGCGGCAACCCGAUCCAGCACGUGCCGGCCAACUUGUCCCUUGAGCUCUUCUUGUCCGCGCGCUUGGACCUCCGCGAUACACCCUUUUGCAACCGGCUUUUGACGUACGACGCCGCACGCCACGCGUCGUGGGCCCUCUCGCCGAUUGAACGCGACAUUGUUGCGAUGGGCGCCGAGGACCUGUGCGGCCGCGCGUGCAACGUGGGCUGCCAUCCAAAUCAGAUCGGCAACGGCCAGUGCAACCUGCCGUGCUUUACACCGGCUUGCGCGUUCGACGACGGCGACUGCGUCGACUACGUCUUCCCGCUCGACGAGGUCUAG